ACGAGAGAAAGGGUGUAACGUUCAACAAUGGGUUCAAUAGCUCAAAUUGUUUUAAUGGCACUGACUGUAACAGUCAACCAAUUCGCUUCUUCAAACGUGCAUGCGGUUCAUAGGAAACAAGGGAAAUCGCCAUCCGCCGCUUCUAAACCAAAACCGACCAAUACAAUUACAGCAUCCGCCUCAAGCGGUGGUGGUGGUGACAUCGGAAUCGCAAGGAGAGGCCUCAUUUUAUCCGCCGUGGCUUCUGCUCCCCAACUCAGUGAUUCCAGAACCGAACUGCUUAAUGUGACAGGAUACUUGAAGAAAUCAGAGGAGAACAAAGCCAAGAAUGAAAAAGAUAGAACGGAGAACUAUUACAGGCGAAACUACAAGGAUUGA